GGCGGCGGAUGCUAGGGCUGGCGCAGCUGCUGCUGUGGCAGCGGCGAGGCGGUGGUGGCGGCUGUCGUGGCUCGCGCAUCGGGGCUUCGGCGGUGGCGGCGGCGGCGGCGGCGGCGGGGGCGGCGGCUACGGGCUGAGCUGCGUGGUACGGACCCCGAAGAUGCCUCUGAUGGCACAGGUUCUGAGAAGCAUCUCUGGCCCAGUGGCUUUGAACGGGACCUCAAGCUGCAGACUAUUUAAAGCUGUGGUCAUCGCAUCCUGAGGACCACAGGACGGGGAACAUGGCUGUGAGCUUAGACGACGACGUGCCGCUCAUCCUGACCUUGGACGAGGGUGGCAGUGCCCCACUGGCUCCCUCCAAUGGUCUGGGCCAAGAGGAACUGCCCAGCAAAAAUGGGGGCAGCCAUGCCAUCCAAGACUCCCAGGUCCCCAGUCUGGUCUCUGGGGCCGACAGUUCACCCUCCAGUCCCAGUGGACACAACUGGGAGAUGAAUUAUCAAGAGGCAGCAAUCUACCUCCAGGAAGGCGAAAACAAUGACAAGUUCUUCACCCACCCCAAGGAUGCCAAAGCGCUGGCGGCCUACCUCUUCGCACACAACCACCUCUUCUACCUGAUGGAGCUGCUCACCGCCCUGCUCCUGCUGCUGCUGUCACUAUGCGAGGCGCCGGCUGUCCCUGUGCUCCGGCUCGGCAUUUAUGUCCAUGCCACUCUGGAGCUGUUUGCCCUCACAGUGGUAGUGUUUGAACUCUGCAUGAAGUUGCGGUGGCUGGGCCUCCACACCUUCAUCCGGCACAAACGCACCAUGGUCAAGACAUCUGUGCUGGUGGUGCAGUUCAUCGAGGCCAUUGUGGUGCUGGUGCGACAGACAUCCCAUGUGCGGGUGACCCGAGCUCUGCGCUGUAUUUUCCUGGUGGACUGUCGGUACUGUGGUGGUGUGCGGCGUAACCUGCGGCAGAUCUUCCAAUCACUACCACCCUUCAUGGACAUCCUCCUGUUGCUGCUCUUCUUCAUGAUCAUCUUUGCCAUCCUCGGUUUCUACUUGUUCUCCCCUAACCCUUCUGAUCCUUACUUCAGCACCUUGGAGAACAGCAUCGUCAGUCUGUUUGUCCUUCUGACUACUGCCAACUUCCCGGAUGUGAUGAUGCCCUCAUACUCUCGGAACCCCUGGUCCUGCGUCUUCUUCAUCGUAUACCUCUCCAUUGAGCUGUACUUCAUCAUGAACUUACUCCUGGCUGUGGUGUUUGACACCUUCAAUGACAUUGAGAAACGCAAGUUCAAGUCUUUGCUGUUGCAUAAGCGGACCGCCAUCCAACACGCCUACCGCCUGCUCGUCAGCCAGCGGAGGCCAGCUGGCAUCUCUUACAGGCAGUUUGAAGGCUUGAUGCGCUUCUAUAAGCCCCGCAUGAAUGCCCGGGAACGCUUCCUGACCUUUAAGGCCCUGAAUCAGAGCAACAAGCCUCUACUCAGCCUGAAGGACUUCUAUGAUAUCUACGAAAUCGCUGCCCUGAAGUGGAAGGCAAAGAAGAACAGAGAGCACUGGUUUGAUGAACUUCCCCGGACAGCCUUCCUCAUCUUCAAAGGAAUCAAUAUCCUUGUGAAGUCCAAGGCCUUCCAGUAUUUCAUGUAUUUGGUUGUGACCAUCAAUGGGGUGUGGAUACUAGUGGAGACAUUCAUGCUGAAAGGCAGGAACUUCUUCUCCAAGCAUGUGCCCUGGAGCUACCUCGUUUUUCUCACCAUCUAUGGAGUGGAGCUCUUCCUGAAGGUGGCCGGCCUGGGCCCUGUGGAGUACCUAUCCUCUGGAUGGAACCUGUUCGACUUCUCAGUCACGGCAUUCGCCUUCCUGGGAUUGCUGGCUCUGGCCCUCAACAUGAAGCCCUUCUAUUUCAUUGUGGUCCUGCGUCCCCUCCAGCUGCUGAGGCUGUUUAAACUGAAGAAGCGCUACCGCAACGUGCUGGACACCAUGUUUGAGUUGCUGCCGCGGAUGGCCAGCCUUGGCCUCACACUGCUCACCUUCUACUACUCCUUCGCCAUUGUGGGCAUGGAGUUCUUCUACGGGCAGCUCUACCCCAACUGCUGCAACACCAGCACUGUGGCCGAUGCCUACCGAUGGCUCAAUCACACAGUGGGCAAUAAGACCGUGGUGGAUGAGGGUUACUACUAUCUCAAUAACUUCGAUAACAUCCUCAACAGCUUUGUGACCUUGUUCGAGCUCACGGUUGUCAACAACUGGUACAUCAUCAUGGAAGGCAUCACCUCACAGACGUCACACUGGAGCCGCCUAUACUUCAUGACCUUCUACAUCGUGACCAUGGUGGUGAUGACCAUCAUCGUAGCCUUCAUCUUGGAGGCCUUCGUCUUCCGGAUGAACUACAGCCGCAAGAGCCAGGAUUCAGAAGUUGAUGGUGGCAUUACCCUUGAGAAGGAAAUUUCCAAGGAAGAGCUGCUUGCCAUCCUGGAGCUCUACCGUGAGGUACGAGGAGCCUCCUCUGAUGUUACCCGGCUGCUUAGCACCCUCUCACAGAUGGAGAGAUACCAGCAAAAUUCCCUGGUGUUUCUGGGACGGAGAUCAAGAACUAAAAGUGACCUGAGCCUGAAGAUGUACCAGGAAGAGAUCCAGGAAUGGUACGAGGAGCAUGCCCGUGAGCAAGAGGAACAGCACCAGCAGCUCGGGGGCAGCCAUCCCACCACCCAGCAGUGCCCUGGCAGUCGUCAGCGCUCCCAGACCAUCACCUAGCCUGGGCUGCCAAGCCAUCUCUCUAUGCAAUAACAUGAUAGUAUUAUGUCACUACAGUGUAUCGUCGAAAGGAUGUGUAUAUAUAGACACAUUCAGAUAUAUGCACAUAUUUACAAAGACUAGCCAGGGCCAGUUUGAAUUGCUUUGCCUUGUCUUCCUGAGCAGCAGUCAGCUUAGACAAGAGGACCAGGGCUGGCUGAGCUCUUGCUACCAUGAAAAGUCUGAAGCCCCUUCUCAGGAGGCCCCUUGCAUAGGCUGUGCCACCCCAGCAGUGCCAGCCUUCCCAGUGGGCACAAGACAACCCUUGACUGCCUUCCCGCUGCCACCACCGCCUUGGCUUCAUAGUCCGGAGUUCCCCACUGCAUAGUGCAGCGACUGUGUCUGGUGUUAGGGACAAAACCACUAGGGAAAAAAACCCAGUCCUGUGGGAUGCUAUGUGUAGACGUUAAAGUGCUAGAAGGUUCUCUUGGGGGACCUGUGCCUGGGACCCAGUGGGAAGCAAGGUGGAGGGCAACAGCACAUGUAGCUAGGCCUCUGCUGGGCAGCAGGAGAUGGCACCUGGUAGCAAAGCACAUACUUUCCUGGGUCACUUCCGCUCCUGCCCUGUCACUGAAAUCCUGUGCAGUGUCCUAGGUGAUGGUGGAGGGCAGGUCCCAGGUGCUGGGGUGUGGCCAGUGCCUUAAAUGCACUGCUUCUGGUAAGUCCUUUCUGUGAUUCAGUGGUUAAUUUGGACCAGUGUUGAGGGCAGCGGCCAGCCCUUCCUCACACCUCUAGUACUAGCCAGGGAUGGAGCCACGGUACAGGGACUUACUGCUCGUCACAGCAGCCCCAGGCCAGCCGCUGGAUCCACUGCACGUAGGAUAGCUGUGCUUCAGGGACUGAGGUGCAGGGGGGACUGGCUUCCCCCCAGGUUCCAGGAGCAGGAUGUUUGGCGCAGGAGGGUCAGGUGAACACUUAGCUGCCUUCUCCCAGUGCCUUGUUGGAAUUCUUUGUGACAUCCCAGCAAGGUAGCGGCAGGAUAGUCAGGCCAGCUGCAGCCAUAUGGGAGUGGUGAGGGUGGUGGCUGAGUGGGAGCAGUGGUCACUUUGUCCUGCUGUUCUGCCAGUGAGUGAGGUGAAGAGACAGCAGCGCUGCGGAGAGCUGGAGAAGCAGCCUCCACCCCACUGAGCAUCCUGGCUAACCUGGCUUUCCAGCCACCUGCUGCUUGGGACUUGAAGUAGGUGGGCAGAGCUAAUCCAGCUCCCUACUCACCAACUCCAGGUCUAAGCUGGGAAGAGGGUAUUUUCACUUUAAAUAAAGCACAGAACCCUGGGAAAACUGCAUCACUGAGAACCACUGGUUCCCAUGAGGAGUCAGGAGACUGACACUGUCCCCUUCAACUCUAGAUGGUUGUCAGCCUCACUGGAGCCCAGCCCACAGCCCUCUCCAGAGAAGGGACUUCAUUUGCACAGCUGGGUGCCUUAGCUUUUGUGUAUGAGUGGAAGCAGGAAGAGGGGUAGCCUUAGUCUAAGCCUUUUCUUUACCCCAGGCACUGAAACCACCACCACCCCCUAGCCUAGGGGAACUGGGCUCAAUACCAGGGAGGUACUAAAGAUGUUUGUCUAGCCUGUGGUGAAUAGGGGCCAGAUGGAGAUAGCGCCAAUAGGCCAAACUCCAGCCAGUCAUGCAGACUAAGGACACCUGUCCCUACAGGGUCACCGUGGGCUAACCAAGCUGACUCUCAAACCUGCCAGCCAAGCAGGGAACAGGUGUCACUCAGGCUGUGAGCCGAGGGCUCCAGGACCCUGCUAGCUCAGAUGCCCCCCUUACCCCCCAUUACAGCUGACUGGGACCUUGUGGCCCUGUGUCACAACUUGGCAGGGGCAGCUAUGGCAACAUGUGCCUCCCUAUGAGGCAAAGGCACUCUGGGGGAACAGUACCUAGCCUCUCCUCUUCCUCCUUGCUUCCCCUCCCCCACCCCAGCCUUACUCCAUAUGACAAGGACAAUCAUUUUGUAUGGGUUAGGAGUCCAUGCUGAAGGUUUUGUAUGUUGGUGAUUUGUUACCUAGAAACCCACUGUGCCCAGAUUUCUGGUGUAUCAAUAAAGAGCCUCUGCUUUGUA